AUGAGUUAUGCCAUUUCUAGCAUAAGGAAUGCAGUUAGGUAUGUGAGAUCUUUACCAGCUAGGUUGAAGAGGUUCAAAGAAGCAUGUAAAGAUGUAAAUGUUGAAUCGAAAGCUUUAUUAUGUUUAGAUGUGGUGACAAGGUGGAACUCCACCUACAUGAUGCUAGAGGCUGCAUUGAAGUUUAAGAAAGCUUUUAGGUAUUUGGAAGGGGAUGCAAAUUACACAAAGUAUUUUGAAGAAGAAAGAGUAAAUGGAGAAAAAGUUGAUGGCCCACCAGACAAUACUGAUUGGACUAAUGCAGAAGUAUUUGUUAAGUUUCUCAAGGCAUUUUAUGAACUUACAUUGAAGUUCAGUGGGUCAUUGUAUGUCACAUCAAACCUUUUCUUCCAAGAGAUUCUUGAAGUUCAAGUUGAGCUGAAUGAUAUGAAGAGUAGUACAAAUGAGUUGAUGAGUAAAAUGGUGGGGAGCAUGCAGUUGAAGUUUGACAAGUAUUGGGGCAAUGUUGAGAAGAUUAAUUUGUUGCAAUAUAUUGCCUCUAUCUUGGAUCCAAGAUUCAAAUUGGAUGCUGUUCAUAACAGUUUCAGGUAUCUCUAUGAUCCCAUUCUAGCUGAAAAAAUGAUAAAGAAAGUUGAGAAUAUGAUGACUACCUUCUAUGCAUUUUAUAAGGGCACUGUUAUGACACCUAGUUCCUCUAAUGAUCAACAAGCAAGUCAAAGUGUCACUUCCAAUGCAAGUGGAAAUCGAAAGGAAAAGUUAGUUGAGGAUACUAAUUUUGACAUUCUAGAUUGGUGGCAAAGGAAUGGAAACAAGUAUCCUAUUGUCUCUCAUAUUGCAAGAGAUGUUCUGGCUGUUCAAAUGUCUACUGUUGCCUUUGAAUCAGCUUUUUCAACUGGAGGACGGAUUCUCGAUCCAUUUAGAAGCUCUUUGUCUCCAAAGAUGGUCGAGGCUUUAAUUUGUUCAAAGAAUUGGUUGACUUGUGAAUAUGAUGCUCCUAUUGUGUUGAGACAAUACAUGGACAAAAUUGAAGGUUUGGUGACAUCCGAGCAAGUUGAGUCAGAGGAAUCGUGUGUUACAAACACAGGAACUGAGACUACUGUCGCUACUCCUAGUACUUUAUGA